AUGGAGAUGUCUGGAUUCUUCAUCAAUGAGAGAACUUUUCACACUUUAACUUCUUUUGAACAAGCUGUUCUCACUCCUCCUGCUGUCCAGGAAAUUGAGUGCUCACGUUUGUGUCCGCACCAGUGCACUUGUUACCAGCAUGCUGAUCUGGUAGACUGUCAUGCUCGAGGCUUUGAGCAUGUUCCCAGGGGCCUCCCGCAUGGCAUAUGGCUGCUGGAGCUGGGGGAGAACAAUCUAAGAGUGAUUGGCACCCAAGCCUUCAGUGGACUGUGGUCCCUGCAGGUACUGGUGCUCACCAGCAGCCAGAUACAAGAAGUACAACCACAGGCUUUUUUCUCUUUGUCCUUCCUGGAGAAGCUGGAUCUCAGUUGGAACCUGUUAACUUCCCUCCCUGUCGACUUCUCAGUCAGUCUGUCGGCUCUCAGAGAGCUUCGCCUGGAGCACAACAACUUACAUUAUAUACCUGCAAACAGCUUGGAGUAUCUGGACAACCUGGAGAAGCUGGAGCUCAGUUAUAACCGGUUGGUGUCAGUUGGCCCUGGUGUGUUCAGAGGCCUCUCCAGGCUCAGACAGCUCUACCUGCAUAACAACCAACUGACUGCUGUGCAGCAGGGGAGCCUGGAUAUGCUACCAGCACUAGAAGUGCUGCAGCUGAGUCACAACAACAUCUCUCAGAUAGACAGUAACGUUCUGGCUCCUCUCUACAGCCUAGCAGUUCUCGCUCUGGAUGGAAACAAUCUCCAUCACCUCAAGUUUAAAACCUUCAUCAGCCUACAUACAACAGCUACACACAUCCAGCUAUCAGGAAACCCAUGGAGCUGUGACUGCGAACUGCAUCGUGUCUUCAGUAAGAUCUUGUACGUUCGCCACCUCCACAUUGACGAUUACCAGAAUGUAACGUGCCAGGACCCACCACAGCUGACCGGGGCUUCACUGGCGUGGGUGGACAGCCAGCUUUGCAUCGCAGAGACCGCCACUGUACUUGUCAUCACUGUCACUGUGCUGGUCACCGUGGUGGCAGCUGUGGUGAUGGCUGAGAGGAACAGGAAGAAGAACCGUGGAAAGAACUGGGCCACAGAGUCCCAGACGCAAACCCAGAGCCCACCCUCCUGAGAGCCCAUGUGAUCAACAGUGACAGGGUGAUACCUAACACUGUGGAAACCCUGUGAGAGUGACCUCCCAUGACUUCUCUAAUGACGCCACAGAUGAAUGAUCACUUGAAUGGUUCCCUUUGAAAUUCAAACUGGCAAAAGCUGAAAGUGUAUUUGUAUGUUUAUUACAGCUAGUCAUAAAUUUGUCAGCUGAUCCAAUCAUGCUUAUCACAAUCAGUAAAGAAAACCCAUCAGUGUGAAUGGUGAGGUACAGAAAAAUAAAACAGAUAUUAAA